AUGUCGAACCCAUAUACAUGGCGCAAUGUACAAGCUAACCCAUAUGCAGGGUUGCAAGCUGAAGAGUUGGAUCCCGAAAGCCUGGAAGCAGAAGCGUGGAGAGAAGAACCACCACCCAGAGAGGAACAACUACUUGAAGAGGAUGAAGCUAAUGCGUGGAGAGAGAAUUUAAUAGAUAAUGCUCCUAGAAAUAACAAUCCAGACGAUUUUUGGCUGAAAAUUGAAAUUUGGGGAACGCGAACCGAUAUUGACCAGGCAAUCAAGCAAUGGAAUUCAUUAGCUACAAAUCUUCUAUAUGUAACGCUUACAGAUAAACAGAAGAAGAAACUUGAAAGGAGGAAAAAGCGUGAGGAAGAUAUGAAAACUUUCCAAGGGUUUUGUAUCGAUAAAAAACCGUAUAAUGGGUUUUUUAUGUUGCCUGAUGACGAGAUACCAAUAGAAACACUUAUCGGCAAGAAGGAAGAAAUUUUGCAUCCCGUUCGUGCUGAAACUAACUGUUACAUGUGGUAUGAACAUGGAGAGAAUAUCUUACAGGUUUCUGGUGAUAGUCGCGAAAAUGUUGAUGAAGCUACAAUGCGCAUCAGAAACCUAUAUUUAAAAAUUGUUGCGUUCAGAUCCAUCCCCAAACUUAAAAAUAAGGACGACGAUGAGCCGCCAAAAUGUCGAGGAUGGAGCUCCCAUGUGAUAGAAUAUCCUCAAACGCCCCUGAAAGUAAAAAUAGUCAUGCCACCGCCAAAACAUUUAAAACUUCCUUAUGAUGCGCAAGGUCAGUUAGCAGUAUUGGAAGCAGUAACGUAUGACGAAGAGAAAAAAUUAAAUCAACUUGAGGAAGAUUAUAAAAAGGUGCUCGAGAAAGUAUUAGAAGAAAAAAAUAAAUAUAUGCUUACUUUACAAUCCAAUAAUGCGAGUAACCUUGCAAUGAUUGAAAAAACCCUUCUUCAAGGAUUGAGAAUAGUGCAUUUGUUUGACGAAGAAAUAAAAAUGCGUGUUAGAUUUGGUCAUGUCAUUCUUACGGAUUUUCCAAAAACUCCUUUAUGGAACAUCAAUAAGUUAAACGAAAGAAUUAUGAGAGAUUCGCGAUUUCACUCCAAGUUCGCUACUUGUAUUGCUGAUAAUUUACAGACGCUUCAACCGUUAUUCGAAGUGCUUUCAGAGAACAAUAUACAACAGGAAGUGGACGCGCUUUCAGAGAACAAUAUGCAACGGGAGAACGAGGUGUCUUCUGAGAACAAUACGCGAUGGACAGGCUCUCCUUUUGUAGAAUACAAAAUCCGAACAAAGCACGUUAAAAAUUGGGAUUACACUUUCGAUGUGCAAUUCAAGAAAGAUGAUAAGAUAGGCUUGUGGAAUGUUGUAACGAACGAAAAGCAUAUUAUAGACAUUAAUGUGGCAUGUUUGGAAAACGAUUAUUCUUGGCGCAUAAGCUUGGACGCUGCGAAACGUGUGUCCAAUGACAAACAUUCACCGCAAGGACUUUUUGUAUAUCGUUUACGACUCAGCCCGAGCAAACGUUUGAUCUACACCAACAAUGAUGAAAUUCGAGUAAUCUCCGUGUGUAAGAAGACCAAAUGGAAACAUUGGUGGAACACGGAUUAUAUUGUUGAAGUGACUAGGUACGAGCUCUGGGAUUGCCAUGCAAACAAACAGACUGGUGUAGAGAUUACUCUGGACCUUGAUGAACCGAUCAAUAUAAGCUAUGGUGUUACGUUAUAUCGAAAGUCUUGGGACGACGACUUUGCAUGUAAUUGCAAUCUAAAGGUUGGCGAAGCACCAGAAUGGCAUCCUAACGACAUCCUAGAUCGGGACAAACCUGGAGGAUUGAAUAAACUAUUAAAUGAGAUUCGCGAGUUUCUGAAAAUAUUAGAAGAAAAAGUUCCAUUUAGUAAAUAA